UAGAGCUAGUCUCCCUCUCUCUCUCUCAUUCAUUUGUACAUACAGGAUCACACUUCUGCUCUCUACUGUUCUCUCCAGUUCUCUCUCUCUCUCUCUCUCUCUCUCUCUCUCUCUCUCUCUCAAAAUGACAAUUCUAGGUACAGCUUUCGCUAUAGUUUUCUAUUUACUUUACACUGUUUCUGGAGAAAGUGGCUAUGCACCGAAUGGAGACUUAGAAGAUGCAGAGUCAGAUACAGACUACUCAUUCUCCUGCUAUGCUCAGUUGGAAGUGGAUAGAUCCCAGCACUCACUGACCUGUGCUUUUGAUGACCCAGACAUCAACAGCACCAAUCUGGAACUUGAAAUAUGUAAGAGCCUUGUUGGAGUAGAAUGUAUGAAAUUUAGUAAACUGCAAGAGGAGAAAUAUUUCAUCAAGACGAAAAAGUUCUUAUUGCUUGGUGAAAGCAAGAUAUGCGUGAAACUUGGAGAAGAUAAUCUAGCUUGUAAACAAGUGGAAAUAUCCCACUUAGUGAAACCUGAGGCUCCAUUUGACAUAAAAGUUAUCUAUCGCGCUAGAGCAAAUGACUUUGAAGUGACAUUUAACACAUCACAUUUGCAAAAGAAAUAUGUAAAACACUUAAUUCAUGAUGUAGCCUACCACCAGGAAAAAGAUGGAAACAACUGGACGCAUAUGAGUACAUCCAACACACGGCUAACACUGCCACUGAGAAAGCUGCGAUCUGGUGCAAAGUAUGAGAUUAAAGUUCGAUCCAUUCCCGACGGUGAAUAUUAUAAAGGCUUCUGGAGUGAAUGGAGUCCAAGUUCCCACUUCAAAAUUCCAGAUGCCAACAGUGCAGAAGAAAUAUUAACUAUCAGCAUUACCUGCUUUUUCUGUGUGGUUCUGUUGGUCAUCUUGUCCUGUGCAUUAUGGAAAAAAAGGAUUAAGCCUAUUGUAUGGCCAAGUCUACCUGAUCAUAAGAAAACUCUGGAACAAUUGUGUAAGAAACCAGAAAAAAAUUUGAAUGUGAGUUUCAACCCUGAACAUUUUUUGGAGUUCCAGAUUCAUAAGGUCAAUGACAUUCAAUCUAGAGAUGAAGUGGAAAGCUUUCUGCAAGACACUCUUUCUCCACAGUUAGAGGAGUCUGAUAAACAGGGAUAUGCAGGGAGUGGGCAAGGACCCAACUGGCCAUCUCAGAUUCCAGUUACCACUUCAGAAGCUUUCAAAGGAGAGUUACCCUUUGGAUGUCCUGCGGGAAACAUCAGUACAUGUGAGGUCUCUAUGCACCCCUCUUUCUGGUCCCCAGACUGCAGGGAGGGUGCCAGGAGUGGCUCUCAUAUGUACCAGGGUUUGCUGCUUAGUCCUGGAACUGCAGGCAGCACUGUGGUCCCACCAUUUCCUCUCCAAUCAGGAAUCCUGACACUGAACACAGGUGUUCAGGGACAGCCCAUCCUCACUUCUUUGAGACAAAAUCAGGAAGAAGCUUAUGUCACCAUGUCCAAUUUUUACAAAAACCAGUGAACUGUAGGAAACCCAAGACAGUCCCUAUUAUGACUAAUAAUAAAGGCUGGAAGGUGAAAUCUAGAGUUCCUACAAUACAAAGAAGGCAAGAUUAAUGCUACAUAACUACAUAGUCUUCGGGAUUCUGAGACAUUGCUUUGCCCUCUUGCUUCAAUUGCCUUCAACAUGAGGCAGGAACAUUCUGCUUCUACCAUGUUGAUUUGGUCAUGUGGUUUCAGGUGACCCAGUGAAUUAAUUAUAAAAGGCUUAAAAAGCAAGAAAGAAUAAAAGAAAGAUUGAAAGAAAAGAUAGAGGGAUGAAAAGAGAGUGAGGGGACCAAGCUCAGUGGUUCCAUCCCCUGCCUUGCAAGCAUUUGAUCCCCAGUACCAAAAAAAAAGAAGGAGGGGGAGG